AGCAGCUGUCUCACAGUCUCUGGUCGACGCUUAGCUCAGUCGACGGUCAACUGUUGUAGUCUUUACCGACUCUUUGAACAGAUUAGAUAUGGCUAAAAGUGCACCAGGAACGGCCUCCUAUCUCCUGCUUCUCACCUCUAUUAUACAAGGGUCCCAGGACGUUGAGGUGUUCCAUUAUAAAAAGAUGGAGGCAGUGGUGGGCCAGGACGUUGUGUUACCCUGUACUGUAAAUGGCCGUUCUGAUCUCAAGCUUGUCAGUAUUGAAUGGAGUAAGAAUAUAAAUGAGUUCACAAAGCUGGCUGUGUACAGCCUAAGCUUUGGAGUAUAUCUAUUUUGGCCUAACAUCAGUAUGCAGAUUGAGGACAAGACAUUGGGCUCCAACCUACACCUUCCUGAGGUGUCAAAAUGGGACAGUGGUGUUUAUAUUUGUGACAUCAUAACCUUUCCUCUGGGCACCAUCAGGAGAGAAACACAGCUGGAGAUCCAAGAUGUUGAUGUUGGGUUAAUAAUCUGUGACGCUAACAGCACUCUUGAGGUCCAUGCUGGAGAAAAUGUGACCAUUCACUGCACAGCGCUCCCGAACGUGCAGUACAGGUGGACCAAGAACAAGAAACUGCUGUCAGAGAAUGCAUCCCUGGACCUGUCGUGGGUGACUGAUGCUCACGGAGGGGCUUACACACUGACUGUCAACGCAGGGAACAAAAGUCUGCACAAAACAUUUAGCAUCUCAGUGCUACCAACAACCACAAGCUUACAUACAGUCACCACAAGAUCAACAUGGGCGAUGACGACUCAACAUACAGUGGAUCCAGAGGUCACCUCCUCAAUAUUCCCAGAGAACUCCAGCACCCUGGGGAGCAUUAUGGAGAACUCCAACAAGCCUGGUGCAACCCCAACCCUCAUCACUAGAAAUAUCCCUGACAUUGAAGAUGCUGAUGGUGCAUGGACUCAUCUGUUGCUGAGGUCAAUCAUCGUUGCAGUGCUGAUACUGAUCAUUGUGGCUGCCUUCCUCUACACAAAACAAAGGAUAAAGCGCAGGGAGAAAUUGGUGCGUGAAAACACCUCAAACCACCUCAUGGCUUCAAAUCAAAACAAUCAUGAUCAUGUCAGAUUCAAUCCCUGCUCUAGCGACAUCGCUGGUGAAUCAUCCUCUGAUGUGUGACUGCAGAGGUCUCCUGACUAAAGAUAGAGACUCAGAGGUUGAGAGCGGGGCUGCACGAUAUGGUCGGAUAGUGAUAUUGCAAUUAUUUUGACAGAUGUUGCGACUGCAAUGUGAUUCGUGAUUAUCAUGGCAAAUUUCAUUGUCACUGAAAAACUAGUAUAGUCAUGACGAUGUGGCACUUCCCCCAGUCUCUUCCAAACAAACAAGAUUUAUUACAACUGGAGAAAAAGCUUUAUAGGCCAGAGCAUCUCUGCAGCAUAACAAUAUGUUAUUAAAAACACUCUAUUGUAACAUUUUACCGUCAUAAAAUAAUUGCAGUUAGUGCCUGCACUUAGUCAUAUAUUUCUAUUAUUUUGCGAAUCAUUGUGCAGCCCUAGUAGAGAGACGACCAUGACUGCAAUUCAGGAAUCACACAUCCAAGCAUCAUCAUUCUAAAACCAUUGUGAACGUAAUAACAACUUCAUACUUUCUGCCUUAAGAAUUAAUCAUAUCUGAAGUAUGUAUCACAGUUCACAUUUUCUGUACUUGGGGGAAAUAAAAGUUUUCAAACAUCUUCUAUCCUUUGUAACAGUCUAAGACACUUUGUAUUUCAUUUAAUAUCUUACUGUAGAAUUCCACAGAGCCCUGCUGACUGCCUUCUGCCUGUUUUCCUGUCAGAGAUCUGGAACGAAAACUGAGGUUCUGGGAUGAAUCAAGCAGUGUCUCUUUAUUCCACAACACCCUAUCCCACCAAAGGGAAAUCAACAAUUCUGUUCAUCUACUACAGGCCGUCACGUCCAUAAGCAUGUCAUCUCAUUUCACUGUGGUUAAUAACAAAUACGUUUUCACAGCUCGGCAGGCAUGUAUUAUUAAAUAUUUACUGUGUGAGAGAAGGAGGCUCCAUGACAAGGAGGACACCUAUUGGCACUAGUGUAAUACCACAGCGAUGCAAAACACCAAGUAAGACCUCAAAAGUCACUGACGGAAAUUAACUUUGAAGCGGCCUGCAGCCUCUUAAUUGUGUUAUUGCCAGCGCAGCACAUUUCAUGUACAUUAACGCAACCCUUUUCAGCCUUUAAUGGGAACAAUAAACAGUAUUGCUGCUGAUAAAAUUGCCCCAUGCACUGAGAAUGCUCCUGCUACCUCAUCUGUGAAUAUUUCUCCCUGAGUCACGUUAAGAUUUAUUUUCUUUGGCAAUAGUGGUCGUUUGUCAGCGAAGACAAAAACUCCCACAGUCACACAUUACUUUGUGGUGUCAUCAAACUACAUCUUUUGUUUUCAUCGUUUUGCCCCUCAAAGCAGCAGUUACAUACCAUGCAUUUAAGUGACCAUACAGAUGGUUUUAUGUCUUAGCCCAUUUACUACAAUUGAUGUACCGGUACAUACUAACACUAAUUGCUCCUAAUUGUCUAACACGAAAUAAACAUUGUGAAAGUUGAAAAUAAUAAUUGCUAAUAAAGUAUCAAGUAAUGUCAUGUAUGCUGAAAUGUGACAAUUAGCACUUAAAACAAAGUACAGUUGAUGGGAAUAUAAAUAGCUCUGCAGGUAUCUGGCCAUAAAA